UUUGGUUUUUCUCUGUUGUUUCUUAAUCUUGUCAACUCAAUUUCUGUUGUUUUUUAAUCGUUGUUUUCAAAGAACAAAAAAUUAAUUUAAAUGAAGAUUUAUAUACCACAAAUAUCUUGGCAUGAUCGUCAACCAAUAUUAAGUGUUGACAUACAAAAUCGUCUACAUUCGGAAAAAAAUUCAACAAAAUUUUAUCGCCUGGCAACUGGUGGUAAUGAUAAUCAUGUUAAUAUUUGGAAAAUAUCUUCAACAUUUGAUGAUGAUUUGGAAAAUCAAACAACCAAUAAUCAAAAACCAAUUGAUUCGAUCGAAUGUUUAGCCGAAUUAACACAACAUCAACGUUCGGUUAAUGUUGUUCGGUUUUCACCAAAUCUUGAUGAUAAUCUAUUAGCAUCAGGUGAUGAUGAUUCAUUAAUAUUUAUUUGGAAAUAUUUUCCCGAUGAAGAAAAUUCAUUAUCAUCAAAUGAUUGUCAAUCAAAUCAAUGUAUUGAUAAUUUAUUUGAAUCCGAAUCAAUAUCGAUUGAAAUAUGGAAAACGCAUAAAAUUCUACGUGGUCAUAAUCAAGAUGUAUCCGAUAUUUGUUGGAGUCGUGAUGGACAAUUUCUUGUUUCAGGUUCAGUGGAUAAUAAUGUUUUUGUUUGGGAUAUACAACGUGGUACGAAAAUGCAUCGUGUGGUUAAAGAACAUAAUAGCUAUGUACAAGGUGUUACAUGGGAUCCAUUAAAUAAAUAUAUUGCCUCAUUAUCAGCCGAUAGACAAUUGAUUGUAUUCAAUUCAAAAAAUGGUAAAACUUUGCAUAAAAUUUAUAAAAUCAAUUUCGACAAUAACAACAAUGAUCAACAACAACAAAUCGGCGACAACAACAACGAAAAUAAAUCGUCAUCGAGUAGUAAAUUAUUCUAUGAUCAAACUAUGAUGUCAUUUUUUCGUCGUUUAACAUUUAGUCCUGGUGGUGAAUUAUUGUUUGCACCAUCCGGUAUCCUAGAAUUUGGUAAUGAUCGUUUUGAAAAUUGUGUUCAUGUUUUUGAACGUAAAUCAUUGAAUAGGCCCAGUUUUUAUUUAUCAACCGGUAAAUUUAGUGUUGCUGUAAAAUGCUGCCCUGUUGUGUUUGAACUUCGCCAGGAUGAACCGACAAAUGUUUUCAAUAUUCCAUAUCGUAUUGUAUUUGCUGUUGCAACUGAAGAUUCUGUACUAUUUUAUGAUAGUCAACAAGCAAUACCAUUUGGUCAUGUAUCGAAUCUUCAUUAUCUUCGACUAACCGAUCUUUCAUGGUCAUCGGAUGGUCGAAUUUUAAUCCUAACAUCGACGGAUGGUUUUUCAUCAUUUGUUGUAUUCGAUGAAUUUGAAGAAUUAGGUAAACCAUAUCAAGGAAAAUUAAUGGAUUUUGAAUCGGAAUUAGAUCCUAGCAUAAAAACACCAAAUAAAAUUAAUCCAUCUGUGAAUAAUGUUAGUCCAAAUUCAUCAUCAAUGAAAACAAAAUCACCAAAUCAACAUUGCAAAAUAAAAUCACCAUUGAAUAAACCGAAAUGUUCAACACCAAUAACGGAAUUUUUUCGUAAAUCAUCACCAUCAUUAUCGGCUAAAGUUGGAAACAAUAAUCAAAGUAAAAAUCGAUCAUUACUGUCACAAACAUCAUUAUCAUUUGAAUCACCAAAACAGCAACAACAAUCGACCAAUAACAAUAACAAUAAUAAACCGGGAAGACGUGUUCAAUUGAUUACACUUCAAACAAAACCAAAACCACCUAUAUCGGAAACGUUAUCGACUUUGAGUUCGUCGACUGUAAAUGUUGAUGAUGAUCAUCCUCCCAGUCUAAUUCAACUGGUUACCGGAACGAAACGAAAACAAUCAGAAGAUUCUUCACAGAAUAAACAUGAUAACAAUAUUGAUUAAUACAAUUGGAUUUUAUUGAUUUGUUUUUUGGGGGAAAAUCUUUGUUUGUGUGUCGAAGGUGGUUGGUGGACAUAAGGUUUUUUAUCGGAUCAAAGAAAUUAAAAAAAAACAAACAAAAAUUUGAAGCUCGUUCUGGUUCUGUUCAUUGUGUUUUUGUAAGGAGAAGAAAGAAGGAUAAUAACAAAAUUUGUAAUUUUCGGUUUUGGUUUCUUUUUUUCGUUUUGUUUUCAUGUGUGUCACUGUUUGAUGAUUUGU